AUGUCGUUAAUUAAGUUGUUAUUGAUGUUUGUCAUAGUUUUGGUUCAAAUACACGGAUUCAAAGGUUUCUCGGAGAAAGAAAGGAUUGGUCUGUUAGAAUUGAAAUCUUUCAUAAAAUCCGUCAACGAUUACAAAACAGAUGAAAUUCUUGUUUCAUGGGUUGAUGAUAAAGCAUCUAAUUGUUGUGAAUGGGAGCGAGUUCAAUGUAACGCCACCACUGGACAUGUCAUCAAGCUGUCCCUCAGUUACACAAGGCAAUUCAAUUAUAAUGAAGAUUUUCAGGGAUAUCCAACUCUAAAUUUGUCCUUGUUUCAUCCUUUUGAAGAGUUGGAAAACCUUGAUUUGUCUUUGAAUUACUUUGGAGGUUGGCAUGAGAAUAAAGGUUUGGGAAAUUUGAAAAAUUUGAAAUGGUUGGAUCUAAGUGACAAUAAUAUCAACACUUCUCUAGCAAAUUUAGGUUUACAAAAUUUAAGAAGUUUGAAAGAGUUGUAUAUGAGAGAAAAUGGAAUAAGUGGUUCUCUUGCUCUAUUAGGUUUAGCAAAUAUGACAAACUUGAAAACAUUGGAUCUAAGUUCAAAUCAAAUCAACACUUCUCUAGCAAGUUUAGGUUUAGCAAAUAUGACAAACUUGAAAACAUUGGAUCUAAGUUCAAAUCAAAUCAACACUUCUCUAGCAAGUUUAGGUUUACAAAAUAUAAAAAGCUUGGAAGAGUUGUAUAUGCAUGAUAACGGGAUUAACGGUUCUUUUACUCUGCUAGUUUUAGCGGUUGAAUUCAAUUAA